GGCUCAGGCUGCAGAGCGGUGUUCUCCAGCCCCAAGUGGCCAGGCCUUCCCAGAUGGGGAAACCAAAGCCCAAGAAAGACAAAUGAUUUGCCCAGAAAUGCAGGUCCAGCACCCAGCCCAGAUUCUGGAGCCUCACUCUGCCACCUGCUUCUCCUCGAGGACUGCACUUUUUCCACUCAGCUGGGGCCCUGGAAAGGAUGAAUGUGGGUUCUGCCUGUUCCUUUAUAUAAGGAGAGCGGGCCAAUUAAACCCAGUGGGUCCUUCCUGGGCCACCUUGGAAGUCACAGAGACUUGAGUCAUUUCCGAUAUUCAUGGCAAAAGAAGGAGUCACCCUCAAGGUCACCAGAGACCUGGAAGCUGCGGUUUCUGCCAUCCUCCAGAGCUAUGGCAAUGGGAAGGGGCCAGUGACAGACACCAGCGCUGAGCUGCACAGGCUCUGCGGCUGCCUGGAGCUGCUGCUGCAGUUUGAGCAGAAGGAACAGAGGAGCUUCCUGGGGCCGCGGAAGGAUUACUGGGACUUCCUGUGCACUGCGCUGCGAAGGCAGCGAGCAGACAUCAAGCAGAUCCAGUUCAUCUCCUUGCAGGACAAGCUGAAGACCUCUCUGGGCAAAGGCCGCGCCUUCCUCCGCUCCUGCCUGGCCCGAGGGCAGCUGGCUGAGACCCUGCAGCUCUGCCUCCUGAGCCCAGAGCUCACCAGGGAAUGGUAUGGGCCUCGGAGCCCUCUGUUGUGCCCCGAACUCCAGGGAGACAUCCUGGACUCUCUCUAUACUCUCAAUGGAGUGACCUUCGACUUGGACCUGCAGCGGCCAGACCUGGAUGGGGCCUGGCCCAUGUUCUCAGAGUCCCACGGUUCCAAUGCUAGCCAGACCCACAGAAGGAGACACAGAAAGACCAAAGAGUCCCCAAAGAAGAGAGAAGAUUCCAGGAGCCUUGGUUGCCCCCAGAGCAUUUGGGAACCAAAGGAGAAGCUUCAGCUAGACCAGAAAGAGAGAGCCCCGAGGACUUGGAAACUCCUGGAGAACUCCACAGCCAGUAUCCAGAAGGAAGGGGGCAAAGAGGCCCAGGAGGAAAAUCCUGAGGUGGAGGCUGAAGACAGAGGGGUUCUGCCAGAUCCAGAAGGUCAGAGAACAGAGAGGCUUCCUGAAGAAGAGGCAGAGAAGGACCAUGGCCAGGCUUCACUGGCUCCCAGCCCCAGAGAGACCAUAGAGGAGGCCACAUCAGGCAGCAGACAAAGGUGGGAAGUGCCUAGCAUUCUGGGACAACCUUGGGUCCUCCAAGACCUGGGAACAAAGCAAGUCUCCAUCUCAGAACAGCCACAAGAACAAACGGAAGUGACUGGUGUUGCCAGGAAAGAGGAGCAGGCAGAGCUACCCCUGCAGGACAUGGUGAAGAACCUCAGACAUGAGCUCUGGAAGGCCAAGGCGCAGGCCCAACAGCAGGAGCAGCUGCUGAGAGCGCAGGUCGGUGAACUGCAAGUGCUUCGGGAGCAGCUCCACAGGUGUGAGGAAGAAAGAGCCCAGCUACAGGCAGAGCUGAGGCAGAAGCAACAGGAGGCGGAGAAGAGGGAGGCCAUGUAUGAGGAAGAGCUUGGAGGACAGCGGGACCUGAUCCAGGCCAUGAAGAGGAGGAUGCUAGAACUGAUUCAAGAGAAGGACCGCCAGUGGCAGAGGCUCCAGCAGUUCGCGGGCAUGGCCCCUGGCUGCUGCGUGGGCUGUAGCAAGGUCUUCGGCCGACUCUCCCGGAGGUACCCAUGCAGGCGCUGUGGAGGCCUGGUUUGCCAUGCUUGCUCUGCAGAUUACAAGAAGAGAGAGCACUGCUGUCCAUGCUGUGCCCAAGGAGGAGAAGCCCAGGUCACCUGAUGAAGACUGGCCAGGCUCUCCUACCAGCGGAAGAGCUAGGUGGGAUUUCAUUGGGCUCCCAGCCACGCUCUCUCAUUUGGGGUAAAGGGGCUCCAGCCUCUCUGUGGAGUCCCGCGAGGCCCUCCAACUCCGACUGAGCAUUCCCCCAGGCUCUGCCACUUCUCGCCCUCCCUUCUCACCCAGCUGAGGUGCCCUUGCCACACCUUCCCAGCUGUGCAGCCUGCACCUGUUGCAGCCCUUUAGCAGCUUCCUAUAGAAUCUGCUUCCCAGAUCUGCAUUCGACUCAUUUGGUUUUACUUUGCUUUUAAUAGACUUAUUGAGAUGUUAUUGACAUACAAUAAACAUUACAUAAAUUUGAUGAGCUUUGACUUUCAUACUGUGAAGGCUUCAACUAUAUUCAUGCCCACGCUUCAGCCUCUCUCUGAUCUCCCGCCAUGCC